CCGCCGCCGCCGCCGCCGUCGGAGCCCGCCAGGCUGGCCCGCGGGCUCAGCGCGCAGCCUGCGGGCAGCCCGCGGGCCAGCCUGGCGGGCUCCGACGGCGGCGGCGGCGGCGGCGGCAGUGGCAGCGCCCGCUCCAGCGGCAUCAGCCUGGGCUACGACCAGCGCCACGGCAGCCCGCGCUCCGGCCGCUCGGACCCGCGCCCCUGCCCCGGGCCGCCGUCGGUGGGCAGCGCCCGCUCCAGCGUGUCCAGUCUCGGCUCCCGCGGCUCGGCCGGCGCCUACGCCGACCUGCUCCUGCCCGGCGCCGGCCCGGCGCCGGCUCGCUCCCCGGAGCCUGCGGGGCCGGCCCCCUUCCCCCUGCCUUCGCUGCAGCUGCCCGCGGGCCGGGAGGGCGGCCCGAGCGCGGCGGAGCGACGGCUGGAGGCGCUAACCCGCGAGCUGGAGCGGGCGCUGGAGGCGCGCACGGCGCGGGACUACUUCGGUAUUUGCAUCAAGUGUGGGCUUGGCAUCUACGGGGCAAGGCAGGCAUGCCAGGCAAUGGGGAGCCUGUAUCACACAGAUUGCUUCACCUGCGACUCCUGUGGGAGACGACUUCGAGGGAAGGCGUUCUACAACGUGGGUGAGAAAGUAUACUGCCAGGAGGACUUCCUGUACUCUGGGUUCCAGCAAACAGCCGACAAGUGUAGUGUGUGUGGACACCUCAUCAUGGAGAUGAUCCUGCAGGCCCUCGGGAAGUCCUACCACCCAGGCUGCUUCCGGUGCUCAGUGUGUAACGAGUGCCUGGACGGGGUGCCCUUCACUGUGGACGUGGAGAACAACAUCUACUGCGUCAGAGACUAUCACACGGUUUUUGCACCGAAAUGUGCCUCCUGUGCCCGUCCUAUCCUCCCUGCACAGGGCUGUGAGACAACCAUCCGUGUGGUGUCCAUGGACAGAGACUACCAUGUGGAGUGUUACCACUGUGAGGACUGCGGGCUGCAGCUGAGUGGGGAGGAUGGACGCCGCUGCUACCCCCUGGACGGCCACCUGCUGUGCCGCCGCUGCCACCUGCGGCGCCUCAGGCCCGGGCCCCUCCCCUCACCUGCGGUGCACGUCACGGAGCUCUGAGCCGGGAAAGGAGCCCGCGCUGCGGCCCCGCGUGCGUGCGUGUGUGCGACAGAGAGCGCCCCCGGGCGGGACGGGUGACCCGGUCGGAGUCGGAGCUCUGUGUCCCACAGGGGACGCCGCUGCCGCGCUUCCGCCCCACCCCCACCCACGUGCCACCAAGCUGCUGUCCGAGGGGCCGGCCCCGCGGCGUAGCUGCUUCUAUUUAUUCACCGUCUGUGCCUCCUCCGGCCGCUCCCUUCCUUCCAGCCCCUACCCCCUCGCCCCCCGACGCCGGCCUUGCGUUCCCGGGGCUGCUGCGCCCCGCGGCCCCGGGCGGGCUCCCAGACUGCCGUGGGGCACCAGCUGAGGACGCCGCCGUCGCGAGCAGGGGCGCGGGCCGCCUUCCUCCUCCUCCUCGCACUGGCCUGGGGGCGGGAGUGUUUCCUUGUUCAAAAGGGGCUCCGCCUGAAGGAUCGCUCCUCAGGGCAGGGGUGGUCUGGCAGGUGGCGGUUGGCGGAGGGCACGCGUGUUUGUGUGUCUCAUAAGCGCCUUUGGUGGGUGGGAAGGGUGUCCUUUUUGGGCGCGGUCACAGGAGGGGGGAGACGAAUGACACCUUUGUGGAGUGGGGCCCUCAAAGGAGCCCUGCCUUUGGCCACCGGAAUUCUGAAGGGUGUUUUCAGCCACAAUCCCGCCCGGGUCUCCCCAUCCCUGCCUCCUGGCUUGGG